GCUGGGACUAGGAUUCGGGGUGGGGGGGGGGUGGCCUGGGCCUGAGUAACUCCGCUGCUGCCGCUGUCAUCUCCAUCCCUGCAGCCGUAGCCGUCGGCGGUGGGAGUGGUUAGCAUGUCGGCCGAAGCCACCGGCACGGGAUCCCCAGCCGCCCCCUCCCCUGGGGGUCCCGAGCCCCCGGGCCCUUCGCUGCCGCCCACAUCUCCCACCCCCGGGGCAGCAGGCGGAGGCGCCGCCUAUGACCUCAAGCCGCUGAGCCCGAGUAGCAAGUAUGUGAAGCUGAAUGUGGGGGGCUCGCUCCACUACACCACGCUGCAGACCCUGACCAAGCAGGACACCAUGCUCAAAGCUAUGUUCAGUGGCCGCAUGGAGGUGCUCACAGACUCCGAAGGUUGGGUGCUGAUUGACCGGAGUGGACGUCAUUUUGGGACAAUCCUGAACUACCUUCGGGAUGGGUCAGUGCCUCUGCCAGAGGGUCCUCGGGAACUGGGCGAGCUAUUGGGUGAAGCUCGAUACUACUUGGUGCAAGGGCUAGCUGAGGAUUGCCAGUUGGCUCUACAGCAAAAGAGUGAGAGCCUUUCUCCACUCUGCCUUAUCCCCAUGGUGACAUCUCCAAGGGAGGAACAGCAGCUUCUGGCUAGCACCUCUAAGCCAGUCGUGAAGCUGCUGCAUAAUCGAAGUAACAACAAAUAUUCCUACACCAGCACGUCAGAUGACAACCUACUAAAGAACAUCGAGCUCUUCGACAAGCUGGCAUUGCGCUUCCAUGGGCGGCUGCUCUUUCUCAAAGAUGUACUGGGUGAUGAGAUCUGCUGCUGGUCUUUUUAUGGACAGGGCCGAAAGAUUGCUGAAGUCUGCUGUACCUCUAUUGUCUAUGCCACUGAGAAGAAGCAAACCAAGGUGGAAUUCCCAGAGGCAAGGAUCUUUGAAGAAACAUUGAAUAUUCUGAUCUAUGAGACACCCCGGGGGCCUGACCCUGCUCUCUUAGAAGCCACAGGAGGUGCUGCUGGAGGAGGUGGGGCUGGGCGGGGAGAAGAUGAAGAUGGGCGAGAGCAUCGAGUCCGAAGGAUCCAUGUCAGAAGACACAUUACUCAUGAUGAACGACCCCAUGGCCAGCAGGCUGUCUUCAAGGACUGACCUUUCACCACCCUGCCCUUGAACUUGUUACCCCCUCCUUAUUGUCACUACCACCAUAAUGAUUCCAUUCUCUCCCUUCCCAUGACUUCUACCCCGGCUUUGCUGGUCAAGUCGUGGGUUUCCUCUUUCCACUCACUAUUUCUGAUUUAUGGUACGGUACAUUUAGUCCUUUUUAUCUUCCUUAUUACUCCAAGCCCAUCAACAACAUGGUACAUUCCAAGGCACAUUCUACAAUGCUUCUCAACAUGUCAGUUAGAUUUACCCCAUCCAAACCACUUGGAUAUGAUGUCCUCCCACUUACUUUACUAUCUUCUUACCUCCAUUUCCAACAUUCUCCUAUCUUUGCAUCUAUCAUAACUGCAUGUUUCAGAUUUCUGGUUCUGCCCAUGUUUUCACUUCCUCUUAGUAUGUGUUAUGUGCCAAAGUUUUUCUCAUGACCAUAACCAUCUGCUACAUUCCAAGCCUCCUCCUUUACCCUUGUAUGUUUUACAGCCAAUUCACCUGUACUCCUCUCCCCGUCCCUUCUUAAAUUGAUACUGAAGUGGCCUGUGGCCUUCCCAGCCUGGCCUUAUCUCCACCUACUUGUUUCUUAUUAUUUAUUUUAAUUUUCUAUUAAAUUAUUGAAAUAAAGUUGAAUGUUGAGGAUA